UCUUAAUUUUGGUCAAGUUUAUCACUGGGCCUAUGUUUAGUGGAGGCCUAGCCAGCUCUAUGCGGAAUGCGGCUAAGGAAACGCUACGUGAGGCCGGGAGAAGGGAACCCCCGGGAGAGCGCACACGGCUGCGCUGCGCUCGCGGCUCGCCCAUGGAGUCCGGCGGUGGUGCCCGUGUUCGGCGGCAGCUCCAGGCGGUGGGACGUGUCGCGGCGUACCUCGGCGGCGGAUUCCUCCUCCUCUCCGCAGCAUCCACCGCCGCCGUGCGCUCACUCCGCUACCUCUCCGAUGCCAACCAGAGGAAAUUCGCGAUGCUGUGUGGUGCCUGCGAGGGGAAAGGAACCUACGCGUGCAGGCUCUGCAGGGGCAGCUCCACGGUCGAGUGGUCUCCGCUCUACGACCCGGUGUUCGUCAACCCGUGCCUCUGCCCUACCUGUGAUGGGACUAGGGUCCAGCGCUGCUUAAACUGCCUGGGCAAAGGCUAUGCAUGAAGAAUCAAUGUGUGCCAAAUGCCAACUUUCUUACUUAUGUGUUUUUCGCGGGAUCAGCUUUUGUUGUUGAGUAAAUUUAGUUUUGUAUUCGUAGGUGGGUUCUGAAUUGUUAACAGAGCAAGCACUGUAUUUUGCUCAUGGAAUGUAAUUGAUUGGUGACUAAACUGGAUGGUUUGAGUUGAGAACUACUCCGUAGUGGUAAGUGUAAAAAGAAUUUCUGGUUCAAUCCAAAACCAAA